AUGUCGUCCAUAACAAGAAAUCCAAAACAGGAAAUAAUUUCUGAACUCCACUGUUCGGCUGCAGAAGGGGAUGUUGCCAGGUUGGCAGGGAUACUCAGUCAUUCUCCAUCUCUUCUCAACUCAACCUCCGAAAAUGGCUGGACUGCCUUAAUGUAUGCUGCAAGGAAUGGGCACCCUGAUAUUGUCCAGCUUCUGCUUGAGAAAGGAUGUGACAGAUCACUUGUCAAUAAAUCAAGGCAAACUGCGCUCGAUAUCGCUGUAUUUUGGGGUUAUAAGCAUAUAGCUAACAUGUUAGCGAAUGCAAAAGGUGGGAAGAAGCCUUGGUUCCUAACCAAUGAAGUAGACGAAUGUGAAAAUUAUUUUAGCAGAACACUACUGGACCGGAAAAGUGACAAAAGAAAUAAUUCUGACUGGCUGCAGGCUAAGGAGAGCCACCCGGCCACAGUCUAUGUCCUUUUCUCAGACUUAAACCCCUUGGUCACUCUGGGCGGCAAUAAAGAGAGUUCACAGCAGCCGGAAGUCAAGCUCUGCCAGCUGAACUACACGGAUGUGAAGGAUUACUUGGCUCAGCCUGAGACGGUCACCUUGGUGUUCCUUGGAGUAGAACUUGAGAUGCGGCGGAAGGGAUCGCACAGUUACGCUGGAGGAGUCCCGGUGGAGGACGAGGAUGGUUUGGUUGCUUGGUUUGCUCUCGGUAUAGAACCUGCUGCCGCCGAAGAGUUUAAGCAAAGACAUGAAAAUUGUUAUUUUCUUCACCCUCCGAUGCCAGCUCUUUUGCAGUUGAAAGAAAAAGAAGCUGGGGUCGUAGCUCAAGCGAGAUCUGUUCUUGCAUGGCAUAGUCGAUACAAGUUCUGCCCAACCUGUGGCAGCGCAACCAAAAUCGAAGAAGGUGGAUAUAAAAGAGUGUGUUUAAGAGAAAACUGCCCUAGUCUCCAUGGCGUCCACAAUACAUCUUAUCCAAGAGUUGAUCCAGUAGUAAUCAUGCAGGUUAUCCAUCCAGAUGGAACCAAAUGUCUUUUAGGCAGGCAAAAGCGAUUUCCCCCAGGCAUGUUUACUUGUCUCGCUGGAUUUAUUGAACCUGGGGAGACAAUAGAAGACGCCGUGCGGAGAGAAGUGGAGGAGGAAAGCGGAGUCAAAGUUGGCCAUGUUCAGUAUGUCUCUUGUCAGCCAUGGCCAAUGCCCUCCUCCUUAAUGAUUGGUUGUUUAGCUGUGGCAGUGUCUACAGAAAUUAAAGUUGACAAGAAUGAAAUAGAGGAUGCCCGAUGGUUCACCAGAGAACAGGUUAUGGAUGUUCUUACCAAAGGGAAGCAGCAAGCAUUCUUUGUACCACCAAGCCGAGCUAUUGCACAUCAGUUAAUCAAACACUGGGUUAGAAUGAACCCCAAUCUCUAAUGAAAACUACUAGAAUCUGUUGGAGUAUUAUUUAAUUGUAAUGCUACUUAUUUCUCAAGUAAGAUUAGAUAUAUUUAUUGAUCUUUAAAUCUUAUAAAAUUUGGGGACCUCGAAAAUAUUUUAAGUGUUCUUUCCAUUAUUAACUAAAAAAUUCAUAGUUUUAUAAAUUAGAAUGAUGGCUUAGAUUUUCUUAAAUUUAGAGUCAGCCUGUGAACAUUUUUGUUGUGCUUCACAAUUUUAUCUCAUGAGACUAACUAUAUUUCUACCAAGAUAGAUCCUGUUGGAAUGAAGUGUGCUCCAGAAGUGGGAUGAACAUGAAUCCAUCUCUUGUAAAGACUAGAUUCAGUGUUGGAGAAAUGCGUCAAAAUAACGUUAAUGAAUGUUGAGCUUCAGCCUAUAUCUGGUCGUCUCACUACCGUUCUCCUGGCCUGCUGUGCUAGUGGUGGUACUGUAGAGUGUCACUUCAAGUUUAAUCUGACUAGUGUUGAGAAUGAUUUUCUUUUCCCAACUUAC